AUGAUAAAUUACUUAUUAUUCUGUGCAAUAUCAGCAUUAGUUUUAUCAUUUGAAUUGAGCCACGUAACCGGCACCACCAAAUUAACACGUAUACGAGGUAUCCCACAAUCAAAAAGUCCACUUUAUAAUCCGAAAAAAGACUUUAGUUGUUUAGAUGGCAGCCGUAUAAUAACAUUUGACAAGGUUAACGACGACUACUGUGACUGCGGAGAUGGGAGCGAUGAACCCGGCACCGCUGCUUGCUCCAAUGGUUACUUUUUCUGUGAGAACGCCGGCCAUACACCUCAAUACAUCACGGCCAGCCGAGUCAAUGACGGAAUAUGUGACUGCUGCGAUGCCAGUGAUGAGUACGCGUCACCAGUUUCCUGCGUUAACAACUGCAUGGAGCUCGGCCGUGAAGCCAGAGCUGAAGCUGAGAAAGCUGCUGAGUUGGUGAGAGAGGGCAGCAAGAUCAGGCUCCAGCUGAUUGAAGAGGGACGCAAGUUGAAGGGCGAAAUCGGGGACCGGCUGGCUAAGUUGAGGAACGACUUCUUGGAGGCUGAUCUUAUCAAAAAGGAGAAGGAGGUCAUCAAGAACCAGGCUGUCGAGAGAGAGUCUGCUGCUUUGGAGAAGUACAAACCUGCUGAACCUGAGCCUACUCCAGCUGACCAGCAGUCUGAAGACCAACAAGAGGAUGUCAGACUCAGAGAAGCUCAAGAGUACUUCAAGGUGCUUGACUCUGAUGAAAGUCGCAGUGUUACGUUGGACGAAUUGCAGUCCAGGGCUAUUUUUGAUCGGGAUCUUAAUGGAGUUGUCACUGUGGAAGAAGCCAUGUUCUUCUUGGGGCAGGAUGAGGUCGAACAUGAAAUGCACGAGGAGCACGUCCAAGAUGAGCAUGACUCUGAUGAAGAAGACGAUGAGGACGAGCACGACCCCGAGGCGCCUGAAGACAUUGACCACGAUGAAGAAAUCGAGAGACAAGGCGAGGUAGAGCAAAUAACCCAGCAACCUCCGGUUCAGUAUGACGAGGAAACUCAGGCGCUGAUUGACGAAGCGAAUGCUGCCCGGGAACAGUACCAACAGGCCGAAAAAGCUGCCCUGGAUCUUCAGAACGAAAUCAGAUCGCUGGAAGCCAAAGUAGAGCGCGACUAUGGCCCUGAUGUUGUCUUGGCUUCGCUGGACGGUGAGUGCUAUCAGUACACUGAUUUGGAGUACGUCUACUCGAUGUGUCUCUUCGGACGAGCUACUCAGAGCGCCAAGUCAGGCGGUAGCGAAGUCAGUUUAGGUCACUGGAACGACUGGGCCGGUCCUGAACAUAACAAAUACUCAAAGGCCAAAUUUGAUAGAGGUCUCACUUGCUGGAAUGGACCAGCGAGGUCCACGAUGCUUGAGCUGCGCUGUGGUACUGAAAAUAAAUUAGUGUCGGUGUCAGAACCGAGUCGAUGUGAGUAUGCUAUGGUAUUUACCACACCGGCGCUUUGUAAUCCAGAUUUUGAUAACUCAAGUGUACACGAUGAGUUGUAG